AUGUGCUGCAUGCCCUAUUUUGUAAUGCUUUUUAUUGGCAUUGCGAAUUUGACCAUGAAAGGGGAUUGCCGAUUCGAGUUCACAAAUGUGAAUUGCAGUUCAUUUGACAAGAAAUUCGGAGAAUUCGAAUAUUGUUUUUUGAAAUCGGUGAAUCGCAGUUACAAGUACUUCUCUGCCAAACUGCAACUCUAUCAACUGCCCAUUAGUAUAAUUAAGAUAAACUUGGUGAUGUGGAAAAGGUACAAUGGAUACAAGCCUUUUCUCUACAACAUAACAGUGGACUUUUGCAAAUUCAUAAACAACCGAAAGUCGAACCCAGUGGCGAAUUUCGUGUUCGAAUCAUAUCAGAGAUACUCGAAUCUCAAUCACUCGUGUCCGUUUAAUCAUGACCUCAUAAUGGAAAAACUUUCCAUCGACAUAAUGAACCACCGAAUGACAAAAAUUCUGCCCUUUCCGGAAGGGGACUACCUCUUUGAGACGACUUGGUUUCGGUCCAGAGUUCGUACUUUUGUAAUGAAAAUUUAUGGAACACUGUCGUAA